AUGGUGUUAAUGUUCUAUGCAUUGGGAUCAAAAGGAGAAAAUGGACUUGUUGGAGAAAAGGGUGUCAUCGGCCUCAAAGGUGAAUUUGGUGUUCAAGGCCUAAACGGAUUAACAGGUGGAAAAGGAACAAAAGGCUAUCCAGGAAACAUAGGCUCAAAGGGUCUCAUUGGAAGAAAGGGUUUAAAAGGUGAUACUGGAUAUUAUGGAUAUAUAGGACUCAAAGGAGAAGUUGGAACUUCUGGAAAUUUUGGUGACAACGGUCAAAGUGGUAUUCAGGGACCGAAAGGAGAAAUAGGGUCCACUGGUGGAAAAGGAUUUCAAGGGAACAAAGGUGCACCUGGAAGGAAAGGGUCAACCGGAGUUAAAGGUGACCAGGGUAACUUUGGAUCCAAGGGUCAAACAGGUAUUACAGGGCCAGGAGGAAAUACAGCAAAUACCACCACACAAUGUGAUUGCAUACGUUCUACGUUUCACUUUACUGACCCCACCAACACUACACUUACUCUCCCAGAGGGAGGUUUUGGAGUUUUAGAUUGUUCAGCAGAAGGACCACAAGACAUGAACUUUUCUAUUGUUAAAGAUGGUGUAUGUAAUACAUUUAAUGGUACACAAAGGUACAUGUUUAACAGGACAAAGUUUUCCGAUUCUGGGACUUAUGUUUGUAUCAUCUCUCUGAAUGGCGAAAGAAAAUUAAAGACCGUUGAAGUUUUCAUUUCAGGACGAAACUUAUGUGAUUUUGAGAAUGGAUUGUGUGAUUGGACACAGGAUGAAAAUAAUGACACGGAUAAUUGGAUAGUUUAUUCUGGACAUACGCCGUCCACUCGAACUGGUCCUGAUGUCGAUCACACAUACGGAAAUAGUACAGGACACUAUUUAUAUUUGGAGGCGUCAAGCAAACCCAUCGGUGAUAAUGUCAUUUUAAAGUCACAAACUUUGUCGUCUUCAGCGUAUUGUCUAUCUUUUAGCUACCACAUGUAUGGAAACAGUAUGGGCAGUUUGAAUGUAUAUGUUCAGGACUGUCAUAAUCCAAAACUACACACAAUUUGGAGUAAAAGUGGAGAUAAAGGGCAAGCUUGGAUGAAUGCAUGUUUAUAUAUUAGUAAACGUUCAAAAGACCAUCAGUUAGCUAUUGAAGCAGUAAGAGGAUCCGGUUACUAUAGUGAUAUAGCUAUAGAUGAUUUGGUCAUUUCAGCUGUAGCUGAUAAUAAAAAUUGUUCUUGUUUCAAUAUAGGUUAUGAUGACUUCUGUGAUUUUGACAAUGAUUUAUGUCAUUGGACGCAAGGCACGGUUGACAAUUUGGACUGGACCCGAUGGUCAGGACCAACUUCUUCUGUCCGAACUGGACCAUCGGUUGAUCAUACAACUGGAAUGGGAUAUUACAUAUACUUAGAAAGUAAUAAUCAUAAUGGACAAAAAGCAGAGCUAAUAUCAGAAUAUAUUCAAGGCACAUCGGAAUACUGCUUAUCAUUCUUCUAUCACAUGUUUGGUGUGGCUAUUGGACACCUAGAUAUUUUCAAAGAGGUUCAACAGGUAAGUGGAAGUACAACCAGAUACAAGCUGUUAUCACUGUCGGGCAAUAAAGGGGAUUCGUGGUUGGAACAAAAGUUAUCGAUUACGUCACAAUCAACUUUCCGUAUUAUAUUAUCAGGUGAAAUAGGCGGUGAUACAAGUGAUAUCGCAGUUGACGAUAUAAGGAUAACUUCAGGACAAUGCAAAUAGAUGAAAUAAUAUUAUCGAUGAAUAAAUUUUAAAGGAUAGUAGU